UUUGCAUUACCCCGAGUCAACAAGAGGACUGAGUAGAGGUGCGAAAGCAACGGAGUCGGAGAUGGAGGUUCGUGGCACCCAUGACGCACGUUGUGGGUGUGGAUCCUAAAUCAUCAUGACAUCACACAUCGCAAAGUCGCAACACUCGGGAUCCGAAUCACAAGUACACAAAAGCGCUCUCACGACCCUCAAUAUCGACCCUUAAGAAUACUUACAAUCGCUCGCAACCACUCCAACACUUACCGAAAACAACAGCCGCCAACACCUCCAACAUGUCGGCAACACAAGCCAUCCAGGUCCUCACCCUCUCCACCGCGCUCUUCACAUCCGGCGGCAUCGCAGCCCUCUCCGCCUUCGAUAUCCCGCUCAUCCGCUCACAACCCGCGUCCCGCUCGCUGCCCAUGCUACGGUGGCUGUUCAGCCGUGGCUCGCACACAGCGCCGACGGGCAUCAUGGUCUCUUCAGCGGGCUUCCUGUACCUAGCCUACGCUGCGCUGCCAUCAACUGCACAAACACUAGGCGAUAUACUUGUCCGUAUCGUCAAGGGCAGACCGGGCCUGUAUCUGGCCGCGAGCGCGCUGUCGUUCUCCGCGGCAUUGUUCACGAGCGUCGCCAUGAUCCCGACCAACUUCGCGCUCAUCCAGAAGAACGAGAAUCUAGGCGGGAGCCAUAGUGCGGCGUCGAGCCAGUACCGUGAGGAGAUAGGCGCGCCGCCGAGGAGCGCCGAGGAGAGCGUCAAUGGCAAGGACGAUGUUAGUCAGUGGACUGACGUGAGCGAUCCGCAGCGCAAGACGAAGAGGGAGAGCACGGAGCAAGAGGACGAGGAGGUCCGGGGGCUGCUGACCAAGUUUGAGAUGCUGAAUUAUGUCCGCGCGGGGCUGAUAGGUGCGGGAGGUGUCGUGGGGCUUGUUGCCGCGCUGGCUUGAGCGUUGAGGCUGUUGCACGAGAGCCUUCAGCAGAGGACGGAGAGAUUGUGGCAUCGCAAGAGGUUAGCAUGAUGGACUUGUAGAUUGUAAUACCACAUCGAGUCGACACCAACGCUCUAACAAGCUCUACGCUGUAGAAAGGUCAAUCGAAGCUCUUACAGUCAAACGUGAUAAACCAAGUGCAGCAAGCAGGCAGUGCACCCGAG